CCACAUCACUAACCAAAUACCAAGUCUUAAAGCUGGUCAAUUUAAACCUUCAUGAACCUUCCUCUUUGUAAAUUGUAACACCCUCUUAUGAUAUAAACCACCCUCUUCAAAUCCAACCCAUAAGCCAGAACUUCACACAUUUUUCAACUCCCUUUUACAAGUCUUCAAUUUCCAAAAAUCUCUCCCAACCCUAAAAACCAGGAAAAAAACAAGGUUUUCUUCCCCCUAGUUUUGAUUUGGUCUUUUUCCUUCAAAUUCUUAGCUCAAUCAGAGAAAUGCAGAAUACCCUUUUGAAUCAAACCAAAGAAAGUUUGCAACUUUCACCCAAGUUUGAAGUUUCAGCUUGUGGGGUGGGUGAGUUCAGCGUUGGUCACAACAACAGCAACAACAGAACCAUGAAAGGAAACAACGGUUACUUGGUUACCAUGGGAGCUCCAUCACCCCGAUCCAGACCGGCCUGCACGUGUUCGAACCGGCCCGGUUCGGUUCGGUGCGCUAGACAUGGGUACGUGGUGCCAAGUGAGAGGAUGAAGAAGCGUGUAGCAAGCAAAGAGAUUCUGAGGAGAGCACUGACUCCACCACCUCCAAGACGGUUAGGACUUAGAUGGUUGAAUUUCAGGCCUACCCCUAGCAGGCUCUCUAACAUGUCCAUGGCCUGAUUUUAUUUUUCUUUGGAUCUUUUUUUUGUACAAUGUUUUAGUUUUCAGUUAUAACAAUCCAAUGAAAUUCAAUUAGGUGGUUACUUCUUACUUGGGGUAUUCUUUACAAGGUUUUAAUUUGGGGGAUUAAUUUUAACCUAGUUUUGGAGUUUAAUUAGGUCCCCUAAUUUACUUUUUGUUCUUAUAUUUGAUAAUGAUAAUGAAAUUGGGUGCUAUAUGCAGAUUUCCUUGGGUA